CGUCGGGGUUUCCGUUUCCGGUACGGUUGCUAAGUAACACUUCCUGUGCGUUGAAUGUGUAGAAAAGUAAAUAACGCCUAAACAUGGUGCACUAAUUGGGAUUAUUGGUGAAUCGGCAAUCAUUUUUCAGGUGAAAAUAGUCUUACCUUUGAGAACUGUAGAUUGAGCGGACAAAUCAUGACACUGACAACGAUUAAAGACGGCGAAUACACCGCCACUGUCUACAAAAUGAUCAAAGAUGGGCGGUAUGGAGAGGCUAUCCACAUCCUCAGCAAUGAACUGCAGAAACAGAUGAAGUCACGGGCAGCCCUGUCUCUGCUAGGCUACUGCUACUACCACAUGCAGGACUUCACCAACGCAGCAGAGUGCUAUGAGCAGCUGACCCAGCUACACCCCGAGGUGGAGGAGUACAAGCUGUAUUACGCCCAGUCUCUGUACGGGGCCUGUGCCUACCCCGAGGCCAUGAAGGCUACCUUUCUAUUGGACAACCCUACCAGCCACACCAAGAUGAUCAAACUGCAGGCAUCCAUCAAGUACGGAGAAGAGGAGUACCCCGGAGCGAAGACACUGGUAGAGCAGCUUCCCCAGGACGACCCAGACUAUGACGUGGACAUGGGCUGUCUACUCUACAAGGAGGGGGAGUACGAGGAGGCCUGCAAGAAGUUCAUGUCUGCCAUGCAGGUGCUGGGCUACCAACCAGAACUGUCCUACAACAUAGGUCUGUGUUACUACAGUAUGAAACAGUAUGGUCAGGCCCUCAAGUUCAUCGGAGAGAUCAUCGAGAGAGGGAUCAGGGAACAUCCAGAGCUGAGCGUUGGCAUGACGACAGAGGGCAUUGACGUGAGGAGUGUUGGGAACACCCUGAUCCUACAUGAGACCGCCCUCAUAGAAGGCUUCAACCUCAAGGCUGCUAUAGAAUACCAGCUCAAAAACUGCGAUGCAGCUCAGGAGGCCUUGACUGACAUGCCACCCAGAUCAGAGGAGGAGCUGGACCCGGUGACGCUCCACAACCAGGCCCUGAUGAACAUGGAUAAGAAGCCCUCGGAGGGUUUUGAGAAACUGGCCUUCCUCCUGCAGCAGAUCCCCUUCCCCCCGGUCACCUUCGGAAACCUGUUGCUACUAUACUGCAAAUAUGAGUAUUUUGACCUGGCUGCUGAUGUGAUGGCAGAGAAUGCACACCUCACCUACAAGUUCCUCACCCCGUAUCUGUAUGAGUUUCUGGACGCCAUGUUGACCUGCCAGACAGCUCCAGAGGAGGCCUUCAGGAAGUUUGAUGAGAUGAACGCCAAGUUGACAGAUCAACUACGCAAGCUGACCAAACAGGUGCAGGAAGCCAGACUAGCCCGUGAUAACGAAGCCUUGAAGAAGACCCUCCAGGACUUCGAUGAGAUGGUGGAGAAGUACAUCCCAGUGCUGAUGGCCCAGGCUAAGAUCUACUGGAACAGGGAGAACUACCAAAUGGUUGAGAAGAUCUUCCGUAAGUCGGUGGAGUUCUGUAAUGAACACGACACCUGGAAGCUCAACGUGGCUCACGUUCUCUUCAUGCAGGAGAACAAAUACAAGGAAGCCAUCGGCUUCUACCAACCCAUCGUUAAGAAACACUAUGACGACAUCCUGAAUGUCAGUGCUGUUGUGCUGGCUAACCUGUGUGUCUCCUAUAUCAUGACCAGCCAGAACGAAGAGGCUGAAGAACUGAUGAGGAAGAUCGAGAAGGAGGAAGAGCAGAUCUCCUACGACGACCCUGAUAAGAAAGUCUUCCACCUCUGUAUAGUCAACCUGGUUAUAGGGACCCUGUACUGUGCCAAGGGGAACUACGACUUCGGGAUCACCCGUGUCAUCAAGAGUCUGGAACCGUACAACAAGAAGCUGGGAACAGACACCUGGUUCUAUGCUAAGCGCUGUUUCCUGUCUCUGCUGGAGAACACGGCCAAACACAUGAUCAUGAUCAGGGACUCAGUUGUUCAGGAGUGUAUUCAGUUCCUGGAGCACUGUGAAGUGUAUGGUAAGACAGAGCCAGCCAUGAUAGAACAGCCACUGGAGGAGGACAGGAUGCACAUUGGAAAGAACACCGUCACCUACGAGUCACGCCUCCUCAAAGCUCUCUUCUACGAGGUCAUCGGAUGGAACCAGUGAUGUCAUACUAGAACGGAACACAGCCUGUGAUGUCAUCGCACGGAACCCGGUGAUGUCAUCGGACAGAACCAGUAGUUUACACUGAAGGCUUUUUAAAACCUGUUUUACACCCCAACCAGUUCAAAUCUAUCAACCUGCACCACCUCACAUGAGGUAUUAUAGUACAGUAUAUAUGUGGCUUGUUAUUUUCUGCAUCAUCUGAAAGCUGUUGUUCUGACUUCUGUUCAGCGUAUUCUGGACUCCUCGUCUCACACACAGUGGGAGAAGCCAUGAGGCUUCAUUCAUUUGAAUGUGUUUAGUUUAGUUGAGCCUGGGCCCAGAGAACCUGUUAGCAGAGAAAAACACCUUCAUUAUUAUUAUGACACUCAACUAAAAUGUAAACCCAACAUGCAACAACAUCAAAGAUGUUACUGAGUUACAGUUCAUAUGAGGAAAUCAGUCAAUGUAACUGAAUGCAUUAGGCCCUAAUCUAUGGAUUUCACAUGACUGGGAAUACAGACAUGCAUCUGUUGGUCACAAAUAUCUAUAGUUUUUUAAAACUAGGGUUGUGGAUCAGAAAACCAGUCAGUAUCUGGUGGGACCGUCAUGCAGGGCAACACAUCUCCUUCACAUAGAGUUGAUCAAGCUGUUGAUUGUGGAAUGUUGUGACAUGGGGCUGUGCAUUAUCAUGGCACGACAAUGGGCCUCAGGAUCGCGUCACGGUAUCUGUGCAUUUAUAUCGCCAUCGAUAAAAUGCAAUUGUGUUCGUUGUCCGUAGCUUAUGCCUGCCCCAUACCAUAAUCCCACCACCACCAUGGGGAACUCUGUUCACAACGUUGACAUCAGCAAACCGCUCGCCCACACAGUGUCUGCCAUCUGCCUGGUACAGUUGAAACCGGGAUUCAUCCGCGAAGAACACACUUCUCCAGAGUGCCAGUGGUCAUCGAAGGUGAGCAUUUGCCCACUGAAGUCUGUUACGAUACCGAACUGCAAUCAGGUCAAGACCCUGGUGAGGAUGACGAGCACGCAGAUGAGCUUUCCUGGAGCGGUUUCGGCAGAAAUUCUUCGGUUUUUGCAGACCCACAGUUUUAUCAGUUGUCCGGGUGGCUGGUCUCAGACGAUCCCACAGAUGAAGAAGCCUGAUGUGGAGGUCCUGGGUUGGCAUGGUAACACGUGGUCUGUGGUUGUGAGGCUGGUUGGACGUACUGACAAAUUCUUUAAAACGACGACGGAGGCGGUUUAUGAUCGAAAAAUUUACAUUUUAAAUUCUCUGGCAACGGCUCUGGUGGACAUUCCUGCAGUCAGCAUGUCAACUGCACGCUCCCUCAAACCUGAGACAUCUGUGGCAUUGUGUUGUUUGACAAAACUGCACAUUUUAGAGUGGCCUUGUAUUGUCCCCGGCACAAGGUGCACCUGUAUAAUGAUCAGGCUGUUUAAUCAGCUUCUUGAUAUGCCACACCUGUCAGGUGGAUGGAUUAUCUUGGUAAAGGAGAAAUGCUCACUGACACUAACUAAACACAUUUGUGCACAACAUUUAAGAGAAAUAAGCAUUUUAUGCAUAUGGAAAUGUCUGGGAUCAUUUAUUUCAGCUCAUGAAACAUGAAACCACCACUUUCCAUGCUGCGUUUAUAUUUUUGUUCAGUGUGUGUAUAUAUUGUUAUAUAUUAUAUAAUAUGUGUGUAUAUAUAU